CUCACCCCUAAACCAGCCGCCACUAACCUGACAGCCCCCCCCGCGGCCUGUGAGUACGGGGGGCAGUGGUACGCCGUAGGGGACGCCGUUGCCACCGAAGAGCCGUGCCUGGUCUGCUCGUGCACCCCGCCACACCACACCUCACCACAUGCCUCGCUGGUGUGCCACUUGAGGGUGUGUCCCGCGGUGCCUAACUUGGUGCCCCGCGGCUGCUACAAGCUACAGAAGGCGGGAAGAUGUUGUCCUGAGGUGGUUUGCGACGGUGAGUUAGGGAGCAACAAACUCUAUAGGGAGGAGGCUAAGACAGGGCUGGCGGCGGCGGAUCUCAGGCGCCAGCAGGUGGAGAUCCAAGCGGCCAUGGAGGAGGCGGUGAAGGCGGUGGAAGGGACGAGGCGCCGCUGGGGGGACGUGGAAGGGGGGACGUCUAGUACUACCUCCUCCUCCACCACGACUGUCUCCACCACCUCCACCUCCGACUCCACCUUCAUCUAUCCGCCCGUUGCUAAAGGGUGUCUGCAGGACGGGGCGAUGUUUGCUGAAGGGUCGGCCAUGAUGUCCCCUGACGAGUGUUCCUACUGCUUCUGCAUCCACGGCAGUAGGCAGUGCGUGGCCCCCAAGUGCCUCCUGCCCGUGGAAGGAUGCCGCCCCCGCUACCGAACCUUCUCCUGUUGCCCCUCCUUCUAUGACUGUCAUGCCUCCACCACCACCACCACCACCACUACCUCCAUCGCCAGCCCCCACGACCCACAUCCACCUCCCGAAGACUUCCUACCCGGCGCUAAGACACUGGCAGAGGCAGACGAAGCUCUCACCUUAACAGUCAAUGGACCCCAGUUGCCUGCGGAAGACCCUUAUGUGGCGUUCCUGAGGAGGCACGGGAGGAUGCUUGGUCUGGAGGAAGAGGGGAAGGUGGAGGAGGAGAGGGCGGUGGAGGAGGAGAGGGCGGUGGAGGAGGCAGUGGAGGAGAAUGUGGAAGAGACUCAGGCUGAUCCCUUUACUGUAGGAGAGGAGGAGGAGCUACCCACCGACGCUGCUGAAGAAAUCAACAACGACGCCGAAGAACCGACCGAGUCACCACUUGAAGAUGCCGAAGGGACUGAAUCCACGGCAGCCCCAUCGACGCAGAAGCCCCCACCUCGUCUUCGGCCCAUGACCCGCCCGUCCCUGGCCGAGAUAGCAAAGCGUCGGCAGGAGUCAAGGUUCAAAUCCCAGCCAGCAGCAACAUCAGUCACCAGGCCGCGAAUUUCCCUCACGAGUCGAUCCCGGCAAAGAAACAACCCGCCGAUAUCCCCAACCGUUGAUUACCGACUCAGGGGCCGCAACAACCCGGGUUCCAAUGAAAACGAAAGCGAGACUGACACUACUACUACCACCACAAGAGCUCCACCCUCGCCUGCAUCCACAACCACAGACGCUCCCCAGGCAUCCACAUCCACCACAGAACCCACAGAGUCAAGGUUCAAACCCAAGAGACCCCUCAAGCUAAGCAGGUUCACGCGGGAGCCGACCACCAGCACCACCACGGCCACCACCCUUACAGACGCACCUAUUCCCUCAACCACUCCUUCCACGCGAUCCACAGCCAGUACAGAGGGACCAAACGCCUCCCCCGGCCCCGCCUCCACCACCCAGGCCCCGAAGAGACCUCCAGUUAAGGACACCAAGCUAAGGUGGAACAAAUUCAGGUUCCACUCGACCAUAUCCUCAGCGUCUCGCCCUGACCCUGACAGUCCAACACGGCGACAACCUCUCGGUUUCACCCUCCCCUCCACCACCACCACGACCACCACCACUACGACCACCACUUCGAAGCCUCAAGAAGCCCCCUCAGAGGUGACAGGUGAGGGCCACGUGGACAAGGCUUUCCUGCUGCAGGACGGCACCAAGGUCAUCACGACCCGCCCCUCACCGCCCAUCCGGACCCGCCCCGCCCGCCCCUUCGGCACAAACCGCCCAUUCGAGCGCCCUUCGGCCUUCAACUGGGAGCGCCCGAAGGAGGAGCCCCGCGGAGGCACUCACAUCUUCGGGCCGGUGCUCUCCGUCAGCCAGGGCGUGAGGAACGAGCGCCAGACCAAGGACAAGAACAACGCGGAGGAGGACCCGGCGGAGGACGUCACUGACACUCUUCCAGAAGACACUACGAUCGUGCCCCUGGAGACCCUGGCGGCUGAGGAAGUCCCGGAAGAGGUGGUCACCGCUCAGAAUCUCCCGGAGGAGACAGAGACUGUUGCCCUGGAGGAGGAGGAAGAGAAGGUGGCCACGACCGUGCUGUUCCCCGUGACUCCAGAAACUACUCUGAAGCCACAAGAAUCUUCUCCAACGACUUCCAAGUCAUCCACCACCUCAGCCACCACCACCACCACUACCACGACUGAAAACCCUCCACCAGAAUCACCUGCCGAAGAGGAGCCUCUCACUUCCCCUUCAGAGGAGCUCCCAGCGACACCUCCUGUGGAAAGCGAGCUAUCGGUGCCCCCUGAGGCAGACACGGUGGAUAUUGAGUAUUUGGACGGUGGGCCUGAGCUGCCGAUCUAUGACAUCACGGUGGGCACCUCGGUGAUGACCGCAGGGCACGGGCGGCCACACUCCCCUGUGGGUGUUGGCCAAGUGAUCCCUGUCGAGCUGCGGCCAGAGGACCUCAUGCCCCACCCAGGUUCCGCCGCUGCCCACGACAAAGAAGACACAUUUUCUGGCACGCUACGAGUCAACGGGACCGUGACGGACGUUGCUGUGGACGAGACAGAGCCAGCGACUGAGACCUUCCUGCCUGAGGACGCCGCCGUGCCGGACCACCAUGCAGCCACGCCCCAGGAAGACACCGAGGACGUGAAGGACAGUGAAGGGGAGACGCCGGUGCCUGAGGACAACACCACCCUGCCUGAGGAGACCCUGGCGCCGGAGCACAGGGGCGAGGCUGGGGAGGAGGAAGCGGAGCAUAAGACCACGAAUGUCAUCGAGCCUGAGAUCACGACGACGAUCACCACCACGCCACGCCCUUCAGGAGGAAUCCUCGGAGCGCUCUUCAACAUCCUAACAGGCACAGAGGCACCCAGGCGACCUGAACGUCCUGAUAGACCACUCCCGUCCAGGUUUGAUCGCCCCAGGCCAGACAGGUUUAGACCAGAGAGACCAGGACCGCCAGGAUCAGGGAGACCAAGACCCGAUAGAAUAAAGCCCUUCAGACCACGCCCAGGACUCAGACCAUUCAGACCAGGACCCGAGGGACCAGAAGAGGAGGUAGAGUUUGGACUGAACGAAGAUGAAGUUGCAACGGAUACCCCGACACAAGACGAAUCCGUCCCUGGCACAGACCAACUAGGACAAGACCAAACCACGAACGAGGAGGGAGAGAGGCCGGGCGAGACAGGGCCUGAAGACCAACCGGGACCUGAGGAGGGAGGAGACCCAGAGCAGCCUGAUGCAUUAGACCGUCAUAAACCUUUCCGCCCGAGGCCUGAACGACCACCCCAACGCCGUCCCUUCAGACCACGCCCAAGACCCUCCGGCGCGAGACCUGAUUUCAUCCCACCACGUUUCCGUUUCACUCCACCACCGCCAACACCCGAGAAGGAAGUAGAUGAGGAAGAAGUGGAAGAGGAACCAGUGGAGAAAGUGGAGACAACGGAGACGGAGAACGUAGAGAAACCCGUUGAAGAAGUGGAGGAAAAGACAAAGCCCGAGUCUCCAGCUCUUCCACCUCCUCCACCGCAGCCACCCCCAUCAUCAUCCCUGCAGUCCUUCCUUCCACCACCACCACCACCUCCACCACUCGGGCUACCCUCCACCACCACUACAAUUAUCCAACCACCCCCGCCACCGCCACCAUCCACCCCACCACCAAUACCAGAGGAGCCCGAGGAACCCAUUAUUCCUAUCAGCCCCGUCACCAGACCACCCCUGUUCCUCCCUCCCCCACCCCCAAGAACGGAAGCCCCAUCACUUGGCCCCAUCAUCCCUGCGUUCCUCCAGCCAGAAGAUGAGAAGAUAGACCCUGCCAGGCCUCCCAUCGCCCUCUUUGACCUCCCGGACCCCAUCCACACCCUAACCAGACGCCCAAUCACCGCCUCGUCGCCGCCCUCAGUACUGCCCCAGCUCGCCCCCGGUCAAGGUCUGCCCUCUGAUCCUGUGCUGGAGGGCGGCUUCCUGGGGAUUCAUGGGGAAGGGGAGAGAGAGAGGAUCCAACCGAACUUCGACCUCACCGAUGACUACGAUAAUGAAGGAGAGCCGACCUUGCCUCCGUCCCUCCCGAAUCUGAAGAUCAUCCCCUUCGUGGCAGCAGAUGCCCUCACACGCCCACACCACACCUUCAGCAGUGAGGACCUACGCUCCACCUCCCGCCCUUCCAUCCUGCCGUCCUUCAUCCUGCCAGAUCGUGACCAAGAGGGUGAUAAUGCGCCUACCCUCAAGUCAGAUGAUGCUAGCGAGAAAACUGACGCCUCAACCACCACCACCACCACCACCACCACUACGACGCCCGCCCCCACCACCACCACCACUACAGAGUUCUCCAUCACAACCCCAAGGCGAACCCUGCCCCGUCGCCCGCCUGUCCUACCCCCCCGCCGCCCUGGAAGCGAAGAAAAGACAACCAGACGCCCAUUCCUACCCUUCCGCCGCCCUGGAGAAAGACCCAACCGACCACCCUUCGGAACACAACCACCUGAGGCCGAAGAGCCAGAAGAAGAGGACACCACUUCGAGGGUCAACCUGUUCGCGCUGAGAGACCGUGACCACCCAUCCUCCCGCCCCUCCUUCAUCCCGCCAAGACGCACCUCCUUUGAGACCACACUACAAGACACCUCGGAAGCCGCUACCUCAUCCACGCCCUUCAUCUCCCUUCCUCCACGACAAACACCGCCACCACCACCAUCACCACCUUCUUCAAGACCACCCUCACGACCACCACCACCCUCAAGACCUCCACCCCCAUCUUUCACCUCCUUCCUGCCGAGACCUAAGCCCACCACUACGCUACCCACGCAAACCCCACGGCCUCUAGUCUCUAACGACAUCUCCAACUUGCUACUACAGGAUGUCUUCGGGUUGUCAGGUGCCCAGGCGUCUCCCCUCAGGUACACGUCCAGCCAAGGCACUCCCAAACCAAUCGUCCCCAUCAAGAUCGUCCCCAAACUCCCGGAGAUCCCUGACUCCGUGAAGGAUCAACUGCCUCUAGCCACCGACCCUGUCUUGGCCUCAGGCCUGCUCAAGCUCUCUGGGUGCAACAUCUACGGCCGCAUGUACGUGGUCAAGGACAGGAUUCCGGAGCUGUCUGGCAAGUGCAAGGAGUGCCGCUGUACCCCCGUCGGCGUCCAGUGUCUGCCUAUUUGUUAAGACUUCGCCCACGCCGCCACGCCCGCCGCCACCACCACCACCACCUCCUGCUCUGCUUUCCUCCACCACCACUGUAACCACCCACUCGUGACUAGGCUAUAUUGGGUUAUUCGUCAACUCGCCCGUCAGGAUUUUACUUCUAGGACUGCUUUCGUUUCUGAGCUACACUGUGGCUAUACGAUCAUUAUUUUACCAUUCCUGUCGCUUUUUUUUUAAGGGAUUUACAGAUUGAAACAAAGGGCAUUAAGCUGUGCUUUAGAAAUUCAUGUAUCCUAUUACAAUAAAAAAAAACAGUAAUGAUGCAAUAACAACAAUAAUAUAAUCAUCUAUUAUCUAAAAUAUCUAACGUUACUUAAUAACUGCGCGUAAGUUUACUUAGAUAACGGCAAAUAAUUUCAUGAGAAAUACACGUAGCCUAGGAAAUAACUAAACUACUACAAUAUCUGUGUAUACUUGGAUGAAAUACAUAGCUUAUGAUAGACCUUUCUUUGUCCUGCUGUACGCACGAGAAAAAAAAAAAAAAAAAGCGACACCGGCUCAUGGGAUGACUUCAUUAAAACCUAACCAGCGUCCCUCGAGUGUCCCCACCAAGGUUAUCAGGUGUGUUUGUGUUCGCUUAAUUAAAGUCAUCAUACACCUCAAUGGAUCUUUUUUCAUUUAUUUUUCGUGUGCACAAUACCGGUGAGCAGCGAGAGGCAUCUUCAGUAGUGUGAGCAAGGAGGUUGGUAACUAUACGAAACAUUUGUGUACAUACGUAGAGGCUUACAGGUGGGGAUGUUAGAUGUUCACAGCUAUUAAUGACCGGAAGCAUUGUAUUUAGAGUUUCAUAAGUGUGUGUGUGUGUGUGUGUGUGUGUGUGUGUGUGUGUGAGAGAGAGAGAGAGAGAGAGAGAGAGAGAGAGAGAGAGAGAGAGAGAGAGAGAGAGAGAGAGAGAGAGAGAGAGAGAGAGAGGGUAGGCUAUUAUAAAGGGAUGUUUUUUCUUCAGAGGCCUCGAGUGUCAGCGUGGUGGAGGGCGUGGCUGGGUGUCGCGUGAGGGAACCGCUAUCUAUACAAAUAUUAAUACUUAAGUGUCACAGUCCAUUACAAAACGAACUGUGAAUUGUGUGUAUUCGUAUUAAAUAAAGGUUUUUAUUAA